AUGACGGUCAGUGGCGUGGGUGGAGGCGACCCUAUUGGUGCUAAAGGGGUGGCUUCCAUGGAGUUGACCGUGGGGAGCAACACGCUAGCAACAGCCUUCUUCGUCUUCGAGGUGCAAGUUGGAGUUGUUAGUCGGUACAUGAGCAAUCCAAAGGAGCCUCACCUUGAUGCAGUCAUGCAUAUCCUCAAGUAUGUUAAAGGCACCAUCAAUUUUGGUAUUCUAUACAAGAAGAUAAAUGAUUGCCAGGUGAUGGGAUACUAUGAUGCCGACUAUACAGGAGACUGUGGCACACGGCGAUCAACUAUGGGAUACUUCUUUAGUCUUGGAUCUGGAGCUAUAUCAUGGUGCAGUAAGAGACAACCAACUGUGGCAUUAUCUAGUACUGAAGCAGAGUAUCGAUCAACAGCAAUGGCAGCACAAGAAAGCACCUGGCUGAAGCAGUUGAUGGAGGAUCUUCACCAGCCAACAUAA